AAAAACUCCCUGACGAAGCCUGAAGAACAGCCGGAAGAAAAUACCAAGAACUCUCGUCGCAUAAAAACACUGCGCUACAGGUCCAAACCCUUUCCUCUCAACAGGCGGUCUCGACCCAACGCGCCAAAAGGAAGCAGGAGAUUUCACCGGCGAGGGAGGAUCGGCGCAUUCAUGGAGGACAUAGGCGGUGGCGCAGCCGCUUCUGCCCCGGCAUCCGUGGCUCCUGAUCCCGAUGGUCUGGAUGGCGUCCGCAUGACCUGGAACUCCUGGCCCCGAUCCAAGGUCGAGGCAAGCAAAUGCGUCAUACCCGUCGCUGCCUCCAUCUCCCCGAUCCGCUCCUAUCCCGACCUUGUCGUGCUCCCCUAUUCCCCGCUUCGCUGCAAGCCUCCUUGCGCCGCCGUCCUCAACCCUUUUUGCCGUGUCGAUUUCCCCUCUAAGAUCUGGAUCUGUCCUUUCUGCUUCUCUCGAAACCAUUUUCCUCAACAUUAUUCGGCUAUCUCGGAAACCAACGUUCCGGGCGAGCUCUACCCACAGUGCUCCACCGUCGAGUAUGGCCCUGCUCCAUUUGUCUCCGGCGGAGACCAGUCAUCCGCGCCCCCACCGCCGCCUCCUAUCUUCCUCUUCAUCCUUGACACCUGCAUCAUUGAGGAGGAGCUAGGUUUUGUCAAGUCUGCCAUGCGCCGUGCAAUCGGACUUCUUCCGGAGAACGCCCUCGUCGGGCUCAUUACCUACGGCACGCAGGUGCAUCUCCACGAGCUUGGAUUCUCGGAUCUAUCCAAGUUGUACGUCUUCCGGGGAACAAAGGAGAUCACGAAGGAGCAGAUCCUUGAUCAGCUCGGGCUCUCAGUGGCGGGAAGGGCAGGGGCGCCAGGUUUCCCGAAAGGCGGCAUGCCGCAGGCGAAUGGAUUGAACCCUAGCGCAUCUGUUAAUAGGUUUUUGCUGCCAGCAUCGGAUUGCGAAUAUACGCUUAAUGCUUUGUUGGAUGAGCUGCCGUCAGAUAAGUGGCCUGUGGAGGUUGGGAACAGACCUCGGAGGUGUACUGGUGUUGCCCUGAGUGUUGCGGCUGGAUUGCUGGGUGCGUGCUUACCUGGUACCGGGGCAAGAAUUAUAGCUUUGGUAGGAGGACCAUGCACGGAGGGCCCUGGAAUGAUUGUUUCUAAAGAUCUAUCUGAGCCUGUCCGAUCACACAAAGAUCUUGAUAAAGAUGCAGCUCCACAUUACCAUAAAGCUGUUAAAUUUUAUGACAGUCUCGCCAAACAGCUUGUUAAUCAGGGUCAUGUUUUAGAUCUAUUUGCUUCAGCGCUUGAUCAGGUCGGGGUUGCAGAGAUGAAAGUUGCUGUUGAAAGGACAGGUGGUCUUGUUGUCCUUGCCGAAAGUUUUGGGCACCCAGUUUUUAAAGACUCUUUCAAAAGAACUUUUGAAAGUGGCGAACAGUCUCUUGGCCUCUCAUUCAAUGGUACACUUGAGAUCAACUGCUCUAAAGACAUUAAACUUCAGGGGAUAAUCGGACCUUGUACAUCUUUAGAAAAGAAAGGAGCACUUAGUUCCGAUGCAGUUAUAGGUCAAGGAAAUACAACGGCAUGGAAAAUAUGUGGUCUUGAUAGGAGUACUUGUUUGACUGUCUUCUUUGACAUAUCACCAAGUGAAAGAUCAAACCAAUCAGGAAUCCCAAAUCCACAAUUGUAUAUUCAGUUCUUGACAAACUAUCAAAACCCUGAAGGUCAAAUGAGGUUGCGGGUUACAACCAUUACUAGAAAAUGGGUCGAAGGGUCCGCAAACACAGCGGAACUGGUUGAUGGGUUCGAUCAGGAAACUGCUGCUGUUGUAUUAGCUCGAUUUAUUUCAUUGAAGAUGGAGAUGGAGGAAGAAUUUGAUGCAAUACGAUGGUUGGAUAGAUCACUUAUUCGCCUUUGCUCACGGUUUGGAGAUUAUCGGAAAGAUGAUCCAGCUUCAUUUUCCAUAAACCCUAAUUUUUCAAUUUUUCCACAGUUUAUAUUUAAUCUGCGGAGGUCUCAGUUUGUACAGGUUUUCAACAAUAGCCCUGAUGAGACAGCAUAUUUCCGCAUACUGCUGAACCGAGAAAGCAUCACAAACUCUGUUGUUAUGAUCCAGCCUUCACUAAUUUCAUACUCUUUUAAUGCACCUCCUUCUCCUGCUUUGCUGGAUGUAGCAUCUAUAGCAGCAGACCGCAUUCUCUUGCUAGAUGCAUAUUUCAGUGUAGUUAUUUUUCAUGGUACCACAAUUGCUCAGUGGCGCAAUAUGGGCUACCAAAAUCAGCCAGAACAUCAGGCUUUUGCACAGCUUUUGCAAGCGCCACAUGACGACGCUCAAAUGAUAAUCAGAGAUAGAUUUCCUGUCCCAAGAUUAGUUGUCUGUGAUCAGCAUGGCUCCCAGGCUAGAUUUCUCUUAGCCAAGUUGAAUCCAUCAGCUACAUAUAACUCCGCACAUGAAUUGGCUCCCGGCUCGGAUGUCAUCUUUACUGAUGAUGUGAGCUUUCAGGUUUUCUGUGAGCACCUCCAGAAGCUGGCUGUGCAGUCAUGAACCCUAUUCAUAUUUCUUCUUCCAGGCUUCAGUUAAGUGUUAUUUGUGCUAUAUUUUCUACUUCAAUCCAUACAUAAUUGAAAUUAAUCCUUUCUUACAUAUAAUGAAUAAGUUAAAUUUACAUUUAUUCUUUUUGAGGGUUUUAGUGAUUAUAAAUA